AUUCUAUGAAUUUAUAUUGAAGUCAUGAAUACAAACUGUUGAAAAUAUAAAAUUUCCCGCUUAUUUCAUUAUUUUAACCUAGAAGUGAAGUUCAAUUACUUGUAUUAGGAAUUAAUUGGUUCGUUAAUUACAACAAUUGAGUGCAAAAUGCAACUAUGCAUCCAGUAAUAAGUCAUUGGGAUCAACAGUAUGGUUAUGCGAAGAACAAUUAUUUUGAGCCUUAUUUGGAACGGUUGAGAUGUUUAGGAAAUGACAAUUUCUCACAAUUAUAUCCUUAUGAAGACAUUAUUCCAGAUUCGCCAAUUUUUGCUUGUAAAUUCUCUGGAAGGACUAAUUUCGAACAUAUUUUGGCACUAGCUAAUGAAGAUGGUAAAAUAGGCAUUCAAAACAUUAAAAAAGGGCAGGAAAGAAUAGGACUACGUGCGCAUAAUAACGCAAUUUUUGAUUUAACAUGGCUCUUCCAACAGAUGAAAAUAGUAACUGCCUCAGGAGACCACAGUAGCAAACUUUACGAUAUUUCAAGUUCUGGAAUUAGAGAAGAGACUACUUACUUAAAACAUGAAAGAUCAGUGAAGACUGUGGCAUCUAGUAGAGAUGAUCCUGGUAUAUUUGCUACAGGUGGUCGUGAUGGUAAUAUCAUUGUUUGGGAUAUUCGAGCAGAAAAUGCUGCUAAUAGUUCUUUAAUUGGAAAGAGUGAUAUCCUCAUUAGCAAAUCACAUGUCACCAAAGCUGUAACACCUUCAAGAUCUAAAAAAAAUAUUGUGUUAUGCAGCCAAAAUAACUCUGUAACAGGUCUAGUGUUUAAGAAUUCUAAUACCUUAAUAUCCUGUGGUGCUGGAGAUGGGUGCAUUAAGGUAUGGGACCUUAGAAAAACACACUAUAAUAGCAAACGGGAUCCCUUACCUAAAUAUACAUUACCUUAUCCAGGUAAAUCAGCUAGACAUGGAUACAGUAAUCUAGUUAUAGAUCCUAAUAAUACCAAACUUUAUGUGAAUUGUCUUGAUAACAACAUUUAUUGUUAUAACAUUGGAACAUAUGACACUACUCCUAUAAUGACCUACACAGGUCAUCAAAAUAAUACUUUUUACAUCAAGUCAGCUCUUAGUAGAGACGGUUCUUAUUUAAUAAGUGGAAGUAGUGACGAAUGCGCAUACAUUUGGAAUUUGAAAAAUCCCGAACCGAUUUGCAAGUUGACUGGACAUACGGCAGAGGUUACUUGUGUUGCAUGGUAUCAACAUGCUGAAAUGUGUAUUGUGACUUGCUCAGAUGAUAUAAAACACAAGUUGUGGAGAAUAGGAACUGAAGACUUACCUGAAAAUUUUGAAAUUGAUGGCCAAGGUAAAACAGAAACUUUGCCUUCAUUUAACAAAUCGAAUAGAAUCAAUUUGAAGAGAAACCAUGCGAACUCACAAAUUUUCAAGGAAGUUCCGAAAAAAUUCAUAAACUCGUGUGAAAAAUGCUUAUGUGGUACUGACAAUGACAGGUUUUGUAAAAGUUGCAAUCACUCGAAUAAAAGGAAAACCGAUGACCAAACGAAAGAUCCAAAUAAGAGACUUCACAGUCAAUUUGGGCCUCGUAAACUGUUUGACAAUUUAGUUGAUUUACCGAAUAAUGAUCAUAAUCCUAACAAAAGGAAAUUCAGUGAUCUUUCCCCCUUGAAGGGUUUACCUAAUUUUGUUAUAGAUGGAGUAGCUCCUCAUCUGAAUUUUUCGCCACCAAAGAAAAAACAUUGUGAUUGGCUUACCAAAUUAAGAAUUGAACAUAGUUUUAAGAGGAAAAUGUUAGAGAAUUCUUGUGAUUUAAACUCAAAAAUUACUAAAAUAGAGACCACACCCAAAAAUAAGACCCCAACUAGAACCAUAGCACAGAGGAGUCCUCUUCUUAAAUAUUUUAAAAUGACAAAUAAUAGUUCUAAGUGUGACAAACAUUCUUCUGCAUUGAAAAAGUGUAAUGAUUGUGAUAGUUUGAAUAAUAUUGAUAGUAUUCCCAAGUAAUAUGAUUCAAGUGGAGUUCAAUUUAAAGUUUUAGACUAGUUAAUUUAUGCACUUUAUUGGUAAAUGAUAUUUAUAUAACUAUUUCAUAACUAAGUGUACCUAUACAGGAUAGUUGAUAAAUAAACAACUUAACUGUUGCUUACAUUUGCUGCAGAAGAAGUGAAAUUUUCAUUUUAUUCUAGCAUUUCAUAUCAAUUUCUUUGAAUUUUGCAAAAAUUCGAAUUCAAUUUCAUUUUAAUAAUUCAUAUUUUUGGUAAAUUUUCAACUUCUUAUUAUUCUAACUAUCUGUUUCCUUUAGAAAAUACAAUUAUUACUAUUAUUCAUGUCUAAUAACAUAUUAAGAUGAAAUUAAAAUAUAUGCUUCUAGUAAAACAUUCAUUAAUAGACUGAAUUGGAAUCUCAUGAUUCCAUACUUCUCAAUGUUCAAUGUAUCGAAUUGGCUCAUCAAAUAAUAAUAUUAUGAUGUAGUUUUAUGUAGUACUUGUCAUUAAUAUUAUGCAAAUACUAGUUAUUGAUCUCUCUAUUUUAUUUUUCUUAUGAAAUACUGGCAUUCAUAAAAAAUGUCCUUAUUACUCAUUUGUAAAUUUUUGCUGUAAAUAGACUGUGUGCUUCGUCAGAAAUAUUUAAUAUAAACAAUAUUUUCCAAUU